GACUUGAAGGAGCUUGUUGAGAAGCGGCUGUAAAGGAGGACAGUAAAAAGUGAGGGCUCAAGAGUGGGCUUGAUAUAAAGGCUGGCUUGGGAGAGCUGACAUCCAGACCAGCGGUGCACUGCUCAUCUCAAAGCACACUUCCCAAAGCAACUGACCAAGGUAGACACAGCACUGUGGAAUGAGCAUGCGCGGAGCAGUGGUUAGUUGUGUAAUGCUGGUGUGUCUGGUGUCCAUGCUGGCUGAGAGGGCCGAGGGUCACAUCACCUUCUUCAGCCCUAAAGAGAUGAUGCUAAUGAAGGAGCGGGAGGAUAAGAAAGCCAUGGAGCCCAGGUCAGAAGAUGGUCAGUUUGAGGAAGCCACCAUCCAACAGCUUCCUGAAGUAGGGAGCGAUGUGAAUCCUGACAAAACAGUGGAGAUUGCCGUCCGUCUGUCAGCCAAACAGUUGGAUCACGUGGCUCCUGUACUUGAGGAGAUCAUCCAUGAAAUAGUGGAGGAGCAUGGAAAAGCCAAAUAGUGAGACCAAAGACAAAGGGGAAUAAAAGCUGCACAGAUUCUCCAAUCAGCACCGAAUGCACAACCAUUUCAUUAUGUUUUCAUGAGUCAAUCAAUAAAGGCAAAAUUACUGUGUCAUU